AUGCUGGCAUUCAGGACGUCACAGCCGACCAACACGGCUACCACGCCCUUUGCGUUGACAUACGGCCACGAUGUAGUGCUACCCGUUGAAGUUAGCAUAAAAUCAGCGCGGGUAGCAUUCCAACAAGGACUUACGCCAACAGCCUACAACGAGGCCAUGAUGGCUGAGCUCGACAACCUGGAAGAAGAGCGCUUAGCCUCGCCGGACAGAAUGCAGGUUCAGAAGAGGAAGGUUGCAGCCAUCUACAACAAAAGGAUAUGCCCAAAGCACUUCCAAGAAGGGGACAUCAUCCUGAAGGCCAUACUCCCGAUCGGAGCAAAGGACCCCAGACUGGGAAAGUGGUCCCCAACAUGGGAAGGAUCCUUUACGGUCUGUCAGGUGCUCUGGGGUGGGGCCUAUAGGCUGCGUGACUUGGAAGGAGGCAUCCAGAUCAGGCCUAUUAAUGACAAGUUCCUUAAGGCUUUUCAUCCUACAGUCUGGGAUUUGGGGUAA